AUGGCGGCGCCGCCGGCCAGGGCUCGGGCCGACUACGACUACCUCAUCAAGCUCCUCCUCAUCGGCGACAGCGGUGUUGGAAAAAGUUGUCUGCUCCUACGGUUCUCAGAUGGCUCCUUCACCACUAGCUUCAUCACAACUAUUGGUAUCGACUUCAAGAUAAGGACUGUUGAGUUGGAUGGCAAACGGAUCAAGUUGCAGAUCUGGGAUACUGCUGGCCAAGAGCGCUUUCGGACUAUAACUACUGCCUACUACAGGGGGGCGAUGGGCAUUUUACUUGUUUAUGAUGUCACGGAUGAGGCGUCAUUCAAUAACAUAAGAAAUUGGAUCAAAAACAUUGAACAGCAUGCUUCAGAUAACGUGAGCAAAAUUUUGGUGGGGAACAAAGCGGAUAUGGAUGAAAGCAAAAGGGCUGUUCCCACUUCAAAGGGCCAGGCCCUGGCCGAUGAAUAUGGCAUUCAGUUCUUUGAAGCGAGUGCAAAGACAAACAUGAAUGUCGAGCAGGUUUUCUUCUCUAUAGCAAGAGACAUCAAACAGAGACUCUCGGAGGCUGAUUCCAAGGCUGAGGGGGGACUAUCAAGAUCAACACGGAGGGUGAUGCCAGUGCAGCAGCAGGACAGAAGUCGGCUUGCUGUGGGUCUUGAACCGUCGUCGUCGCUACGGGGAAAAAAGAUGGUUGCGACACGGUGCUUGUAA